AUGUGGAGACAGUUUCUUAUUUCUUGGAAUGGUAUACAUUUGAUUCUGAACAGCCAAGUGGUUAGUUCUUCAGACCUGCAUAUUUUCACUGACGCAUCAUCUACUAAAGGAUUUGGGGGCUAUUUCCAGGGGAGUUGGUUUAGUCAAGUAUGGCCACCACAGUUGCUCUCCGUGCGACAUGAUAAACUAUCUAUGGCGUUAUUAGAACUCUAUCCUAUUGUAAUUGCGGCAAUGCUGUGGGGAAGGCAUUGGUCUCAACAGAGAAUUCGCUUUAACUGUGACAACCAGACAACAGUUCAUGUGUUGAAGAAAGGAAGAGCUUCAUCACAUUGCCACACCAUUAAUGCUCUCUUGCGCCGCUUAACCUUAACGGCCAUGAAACAUAAUUUCAUUGUGUUGGCACAGUUUGUUCCUGGCAGGCAGAACUCUAUUGCUGACGCUUUAUCACGCUUUCAAUUGCAGAAAUUCCACAGUCUGGCACCAGAGGCAGAACUGAACAAGACACUGUGUCCACCGUUUUGCAAAGUAACACUUAUUUAG